UGUUUAGAAGAUCUUAGGAAAUGGGUUCUCUCAUGGCGGGUUGGAACUCGCAUGCUCGUCAUCUUCAAUAUGAUAGGAAUAGGUCGAUGACCAAAGAAGAAAUCGCUAGUUUUCAAAGAUUGAAGAAGAUCGAAGAGGAAGAACGUUUCUUUCUUAAAUCUUCUUAUAGACUCUCAAAGGAAGAUAAAAGAGAUGAACAACACGAAGGGAGUGAGUUUAUUCGUCUAAGGGAAGAAGAUAGUACGGAACCACUUCUAAAGAAACAUGGGUGGUGGAUUUGUAGCAAGUGGGCUUUUUUGAACGAACAACCAAUGAUGUCAUGGGAAACAUCAUACAGUUAUGUUGCACAGUUUCACAUUGCUCGUAAACACAAUGAUGAAUAAUAAUUGGUUUUAUAUUUAUAAAAGCCAUUAUCCUUAUCUUUAUGUAUAAAAGUGAAUUUAUAAAUCAUUACAAUUACUGAAACUUUUGUAAAGUUUGUAAACGAAAAUCCUUGUAUUAUCACUAGAUUUCAAUGGUACGUUGAAUCUUUUAUAUUAAUAACUUUGUGAAUCA